AUGUCGACGAACAAAAAGGCACCGCGUCACGUUGGGGCCCAACAAUAUGCAGAUUUCUCGAGGUGGCGAGCUAGCAACGACAAGCACGCGCUUCCUUUCAAGCAACAAAUUUGCGAGUUCUUUAAGGUCGAUAUUGAAGAUGAACAGAAAUUUGGCGACAUCUUGGACGAAUACAUGAAGAGAUGGGAUGAAUAUGCGGAACUACGGAUGUCUCAGUCGGGCGGAGAGACCGAUCUGGAUAAAGUGCUUCGCAUGAACUUCAACCAGGAGUCGACAGUCACUCGUAUGCGGGAUGUUGAAAUGCAGCUAUCCAGCCGACACACCUACGGCAUGGGCCGCGACAAGAACGUUCAUCUUUAUCUAGAGGUUCUUCCAGCCGAGCUCACCGCUCAUUACGCCCCUCCAGCUAUCAGCGAGAUCAAUCAUUACUCCAACGCGGUCUCCACCCCGUUCAUAUACGCCAAGCAUCAUCUGGGAAAGCGACACGGCAGUGACGAUGUCGCCCAACCCCCACAGUCUGGAGGAUCGUUUGGACCCUUGAAACAAACGAAGUGGAUGCGGUUCGAAGCUGACCCGAAUGCAGCCGGGAACGCGCAAUCCCCAAACCUGUACAAGUCGAAGUUGGUACACAUCGGGAUCAUCAACGCCGAGGAGCACACCAAGGACCGCGGCAUCAACACGCAACAAACACCAUACGCCGCCGUAGGGCAGGUUGGAGAUAACGGUUUCAUCAGUGGGAUCUACGCCAUCCCUCUGGAUCUGAAGGACGACGAAGAAGAAAACGAAAUGUCGCCGUCGAGGUGGUACGAUCUAAACGACCUGUGGAAGCCAGACACGGUUGGUGUCUACUAUCUCGGCAAAACGCUCGAAGAGUGCAGGAACAACAAGUGGGAGUUGGUGUCUGACGGCCCGAUCGAAGUCAUCCACAAACCGGAGGACGAGUAG